AUGCCAUCCGACAAAGCAGCCUACCUGGCAGCACACUACCUCACCGCCGAGAAGAAAUCAUCAUCCGGUACAAAAAAGAGAAAAAGAAAGCAGACCACAGUCUCAACGGGCCUGCUCAUCCAAGACGACGAUGAAACCGGCUGGUCAAAUAUCCAACAAAACGACGACGAAAAUGACGAUGACCUUCCCGUCCAAGUAGCCGGCACAUCGGCCGAGUUCCGGCGCGCAAAGAAAUCCAACUGGAAGACCAUCACCGAUAACUCCUCCAAACCCAAAGAAGACGAUGCAGCCGCCGCCGCAGCAGCAGACGCAAUCAUUGCGUCGGCAGCAGCGGAGGCUGAAGCCGCGCGCAAAGCUGAAGAGGCAGAGAACAGGCCCGUCAUAGUCGGCGAAGGCGGAGUGGAACUCCCUCCUUCUGCAGAUGACGUCCCCCUCAUGUCGAACGGUACCCGCGCCGGCCUGCAAUCCGCCGCUGCGCUCACGGCCCAGAUGCGCGCGCAGCGUGAGGCAGAAAGGGAAGAACUCUCCCGGCUCAAGAAACAACGACAAAAAGACGGAACGGAGGAAGAAAUCAUCCUACGUGACGCGACGGGUCGUCGGGUGGAUGCAGCAUUCAAGCGGGCUGAGCUGCGCAAGGCACAAUUAGAGGCUGAGCGUAAGGAGAAGGAAAGGCAGAGGCUGCUGAAGGGCGAGGUACAGAUCGCAGAAGCAAGGGCAGCGAAGGAGAGGGAGCGAGAAGCGGCUCUGAUGCCGUUAGCUAGGGGGAAAGAUGACAAGGAGCUGAAUGAGGAGCUGAAGCAGGAGGGGAGGUGGCAUGAUCCUGCUGCCGAGUUCCUAUCUCCCGAGGAUAGGGGAAGAGGUGGGAAUAGGAAAGGGAAGAAGGAAAAGAGUAAAAGGCGGCCUACUUAUCAGGGCGCGUGGCCGCCAAAUCGGUAUAUGAUUCCGCCAGGGUACAGGUGGGAUGGGGUUGAUCGAGGGAAUGGACAUGAGGCGGAGAGGUUUAAGGCUAUGAAUCGGAGGGAGAUGAGGAAGGGGUUGGAAUAUCAGUGGCAGAUGGAUGAAUAA